AUGAUUUGGACGUUAUUGUAUAAUUUUAUAUUCAUCAUAUUAGUGUCAAACAUAGAUGUUAAUGGAAGAACAUCCAGGAAGCCUCAGAAGAAAUUAAAGUUCCCCAUAUUAGAUGGAAAUAUAAUUCGAAGUAAUCAAUUCCAGUAUGAGAGUGAAGAAAAGAAAUAUGAAAAUAAUAAAAUUAAUGGUGAUGAGAAGAAAAAAUCACAUGCAUAUAAUAAUAUUUCAUCUUUUAGAGCUCCGGAAAAUCAUGGAUAUGGAAGAAAAUCACCAUAUUAUUUGCACAUAAAAAGAGACGGUGAAUACAGACAUGAUACAAACUCAAAUAAUGAGUUAAGUAUAAACGAAAAAUUGAACACUAUUUCAAAUGCAUUCAUUCAAAAUGGUAGAGUUACAAAAGGUAAAAAUAAAAACACGCCAAAUAACGCUCCAAAAGUAAAUAAUCCUCGAGCUUCAUUAAAUUUGCCUUCCCCCCAAAGUAGCACACUAUCGAACACAACUGAAAAUUUAGAUUACAUGGAUGUGACAUUCGAUUCUAUUUUUCCUGUAAUUUCUCAAUUAAGUCCAUAUUUCGCUUAUAUUUAUUUUUUUGAUGAAGUUAAGCGUAUUUCAGUAUCACAUCAGGAAAUUAAGGCUAGAUAUGAUCAAAUUUAUAAUAAUAAUGUCCAAAAACUUCUCAAUGAAAUACCCAAAGCAAUCAAUAGUUGUAAAAAUGAAAAAGAUGUAUUGAAAAGAUUAAUAAAUACAUUAGAAGAUCCAAAUAUGUUAAAAAAGGAAAAUAUAGUAUACGAUAAGAAAUAUAAUGAAUAUGAAAAUAAAAAGGAUGAAUUUCUCCAAUGUUUACUAAAUAAAAAUAAUGAUAAUAUUUUUGAUAUGUAUGAUAUGGAAACCAAUAUUUUAAAUAUGUUAGAGAAUCUAAAAUGCCAAAUGAGUUGCGAUACCAAGACAUUUUUCAAUAUGAUUAAAACAUACUUAGUAGAAUUUGAAAAAAUCUCAUAUACAGAAUAUGAUAAUUAUAUAAAUCAAUAUAAAAGUUCCUAUAAUUCUUUUUCUAAUUAUAUGAGAAAAAUUGUUAAAAUAAUAGAUGAUAAAUAUAUUAUAAAUUCUAUAAGUUUUACAUUAAUGGAGAUGAAAUAUAUCAUGGAAAGAUUUGAUUAUCACUUGGAAAAAGCUAAAAAUUCAAUGGAUAUUGUGGCAAGCUUUUCCAACGUGAAUGAAAGAGAGAUGAAAAUUAAAAAGAAUCUUAUAGAAAACUAUUUUACUGUCAGUAGCAAUUAUUCUAUUUUUAAGCUUAGUGCAGACAGUCUUGUAAUACUACAGAAAGCGUUAAUACAUAAAGAAAAAAUAAUUAAAAACCUAUUUGGUUCAAUAAUUAGUGAUUUAGAAAAAAAAAUGACAAAUAUUUUAGAUUCUCUAUAUUUUAUGAGGGAAUGUAGUACGAUGAUAUCAGCAUCUGAAGAAACAUUAAAAUUUGCAGAAGACGCAUGUAAUAGAGAUCCCAGAAUAAUAGAAAGCUUUAAAUUGUACACUAAUUUGGAGAUUACGAAAAUUAAAAAAGACUAUGACAAGAAAAUCAUUGAGAUAAGGGAAGUUAAAAAGUCCAUAGAAUUACACACCACAUCUAUUAAGAGUGCAUGUAAUGAUAAUAUGAUUAUAAAAGAUUUCAUUGAAGAUAAAAAGAAAUCUACACAUUCUGAUUCUAGUCCCCAAGAGAAAGUGAAGAAUCUAUUGAGCAUAAUAGAGUACAUGGAUGAUAAAAAACAGACCAUAACUGAUAACGUUAAUAGAAUGAACGAUUAUUCCAAUAAAAACAAAGAAUUAAGAACAAAAAUACAUACAUUAGUAGAUGCUGUUAAAGAUCAAGAGAAAAAUAUAGAAGAUCUAAUUAGAAAAGAACAAGAAAUUAGGUUAAUCAAAGAAAACAUAAAAAUUAAAUUGGAAUAUAUAAAAGGAAUAAUAGAAAAAUUGAAUGACAUAAUAUAUAUUAAUAAAAAUAUAAACAACGAAUUUGAGGAAAUUGAUAAAAUAAUUAAAGAAACACUGUUCAACAAAGAUGAUUUUGAUAAUAAAAAAACCGAAUUACACACCAAAAUAAAAGAAACAAUGAAUACAUUUUAUUCUGGUGAUUUGCAAGUAUUUGUAGAAAAAUUGUCAUCAUUUUUAAAAAAUCAUGAAGUUUUGUACGAAAAAGAAGAUUCUAAAGGUAAACUUGAAGAACUGCUAAAAUCAACAAUUGAAGAGGAAGAAACUCUGAAAAGGAUGAAAUGUGAAAGUGUUUCUGAAAUAAUCAACACAUUGAAAGGGGAAGAAAAAAAAAUUUUAACUCUAAAGAAUGACAUUAUUAAUAAACAAUUUGAAAAUAUCCAUUCAGAAAUGACGAAAUUAUCGAAUCAGUUACAAAUAGAAUAUGAAGAUUUUGAACGCAGCGUAUCAGAUUAUGAAGCAGAGAAACAAAAAUUAGCAGAACAUAAAGAUAAAAUAAUUAAACGAAAAAAUAUGUUUGCUGAAAAUGAACACGAAAAUGAUGAAGACGUGCCUGAAGGUCAAAAUACGUAUAACGAAUUUGUUCAGGAUAAGGAGAAUAUUUUAAAAAAGGAAACUGUAAUUACAAGUAAAAUUAAUAAAUUACGUGAAAAAAUACAAAAUGUUAAAUCUGAAUUACAAAAACAUGGUGAUGUAAUGCAAAAUUUUGAAAUAAAUUAUAGAAAAUCGGCUUCGAAUACUAAAGCACUGUUAGAAAAAAUAAAAAAUGCCAAUCAUGAAUUAAAAUUAAAUGAAGAUGAAAAAAAUUUUAUCGUUACCAAGGGAAUCCUUAUGAAAACAAUGGAAGAAAUUGAAAAUACAAAGAGAAAUAUAGGCACACUUAAAAAUUUAAAUGUCACAUCAAAGCGCUCUAAAGUUAACAAACAAAAUAUUGAGAGUUUAAUAAAAAAUAAAGAUAUUCUUAAAGAAAAAAUUGAAAUACACAUUCAAAACGUAGAGAAUGAUAAAUUAAUUGAACCAACAUCAAAGACACAAUUUAUUAUGAAUUUAAAUAGAGAGAAAAAUAAUAUAGACCAACAAUUAAAAGACAUUUAUAUCAAUGAGUUAAAAGAAGCAGUAGAUAAAACGUUAAGUUAUUGUCAAACAGUAAGAGAAAAUGUUAUGAAUAAUAAUGGAACAAGUGCAGAAGUAUUAGAUAAAAAUGAAAUUGAUUGGGUAGGCAUGAACGUUAAAAUACAAGAGCUACACGGUACUUACCUAGCGUUAGAUAGAAAUGUUAAUGAUUUAAUAAAUAAGCAGUAUGGAGAAAUUAUAACAUUAAUUAGUAAACAUAUAAUAGAUGAGGGAAACGAUGUUGAAAUUAGAGCUGAAAAAUUUAUACAUGAUCUAGAAAAAUUGAAAACAAGGUUGUCUUCCUUUGAAAAUAAUGAAUACAUUAAAAAAUAUGAAAAUAGUAUAAAAGAAGAACUUGGUAAAUUAAAAGCAAUGUCUGAUAAAAUACUAAAAGAAAUUGAUGAAAACUAUGACAAAUUAAUUAUCAUUAAAAUAAAAUCAACUGACUAUGUUGCAGAAUCAAAUAAGGUAAAAAAUAAGCAAAUUGAUUCGAGUGAAAAGAAUGAUAAAACUAAUAUGUUCAAUAAAAAUAGGGAUGAUAUGGAAAAAAUAAAUGAAAAUAUCUCACACGCAUCUAAGGAAUUGGAUAGUAUAAAAAAAGUGGAGAAUAUGUCAAAAGAAAUAGACAUUCUUGAAAUUCAAUAUGAUAGAGUUUUAAUCAAGCAUAUGGUUCAAAUGAUUAAUGAUAAAAAUACGGAGACCUCUGGAAUUAUGGAUAAAAUUAAAUCAUACAUAGAAAAUAUAGAAAAAAUAAAAAGUAAAAUAUUUGAUGAAAGACGAAAAAAUACAUCUGAUUUAAUGUAUAGUCAAUAUGAUGAAGAAAGUAAAACUAAUAGCAAAAAAGUAGAGGAAAUUCUUGAGAAUGCAAUAAAAAGAAAAGAGGAAUCAGAAAAUGGUCAAAAUAUGGAAAAUGUAAAAAAUAUCAAAAGCGAAGUUAUUAAUUAUUUACAACAAGCUACAGAUUAUUAUAACGCUGUGGAAAAGGCAUUGGGGGAUAUUAAAAAUGUGCACAAUUUAUUAUUGUCAACUAAUGGUAAAAGUAUUGCUGAGGAAAUAUCCAAGAAUACUAGUGAAGCAUAUACCCUUAGAGAAAAGACAAAAAACGAAUUUGAAAAAAUGCAUAAUGUAAUUGAUGAUGUAAAAAAACAAUUAGAUCAAGCAAAGGACUUGCAAAAAAACAUUCAUACAGAUUUAGAUGGCGAACAAAUAGAUGAUAAAGUAAAACAAAUUAAACAAAUCCACUAUAAUAUUGAAAAUAAGAAAGAUGGAAUUGAUGAAUAUUUAACAAACAUCAGAGCUCAUAAGGAAAAUUGCUUAUUGGAAAUUCGCAAUGCUGAAAGGGGAAAAAUUAAAAUUGAUUUUUUGCAGGAAAAUAAAGGAAAUCACGAACUGAGGGAUAUUGCUAUAGAAAAAAUAAAUGAAAAUAUAGACACUUGUAAAACAUAUGAAAAAGAAGUUCUUAAAAUUGAAGAAGACUCUAUAAAAGAGCAUGAUUUAUUCCUAACACUUAUUAAUAACAUUUCCGAUGCUUUAAAAGAAUCAUUAAUUUUAGGAGUUGAAACAAAAUCCAAAAAAAGAAAAAUUGAUGCUACAACAAUAAUGAAGGAUAUUGAAAAGGAAUAUACGGAGAUUAAAGAAGAACUUCAACAAUCCGUAGAAUACUUGAACCAAUUAGAAAAAAAAUACACUAUUAUCACAGGGGAAGAUGAACUCAAUAAUCAGACAUCUAUGGAUGCAAAGGUAUCACUACAAUACAACAUAGAAAAAGCAAAACAUAAUUUAUUAAAAAUAAAAAAUAUAGAAAAUGAAGUGGAAUCUAUUUCAAGUAGAGCUAAGAAUUCAUUUGAUUUAAUGUCAAAAUUUUCGGCUUUAAACGAAAGUAAUGUAUUAGAAAAUGUUGAAAAAGAAGCAGAGGAAUGUAUAAAAUAUUUAGGAAAGAUAAAAGAAGAGAAGAAGUUAAUGAUGGAAAAACGAGAUAAUUUCAAUGUAAUCAAAUCAGAGAAUAAGAAUAUCGAAGAAGAUCUGAAAAAGCAUUGCAAACUUUUUGAAAUUGGACUUCUGAACAAGAUAAAUGAAAUGGUUAAUAACAAAAAAUCAUAUAUGGAUUCAGCGAAAGAGCGUUUAAUUUCAUCCAUCAGGAAUUUUACUUCUCUCUUUAACGGAUUCAAUUUAAAAGAUUAUAAAAUUGGAAAAAAUUUAGAGGAUUACAAAAGAAAAAUAAAUGAAUUAAAUAAUGAGUUUCUUAAGCUAUAUGAGUUAAUUCAGCAUAAUGUAAAAAAUGGUUCAGAAAAUUCGACAGACCCUGAUGGAGCGAAAGUUCUCAGGGAAGAAUCAAAAAAUGAGUUAAAAAAACUUGAAAAUAUAGAAGAAGAAACAAAAAAAUACUUGAGAGAUGUUAACAAAAUAGAAUCAUUUAGAUUAAUACAUUACAUGAAGGAAAAUGUAGAUGAGUUAAAUGAAAAGUGCAAAAAAGAAUAUUCCGAAGUCGAUGAAGGAAAUAAUGCUAUUGAAAAAAUCAUUGGAGAUAUUAAAAAGUUGAAGGACAAAAAUAGUUCAUCAACAAAAUUGGUAGAAGCAAUAGAGAGAAAUGACGAUAUAAAAAAAAAAAAAAAUCAUUUUUCAUAUAAGAUAGAUGCGAAAGAUAUAUUUGAUCAGAUUGUUAAAUCAGCCAAAUUUAUAAACAUAACAAUUGUAAAUGAGUUAAGUGCACAAGCAUAUUUGCAAAAUACAACACCAAUGCAACUUGAACCAAACAGUGAAAUCAUAUUUGAGAGUGAACAAUUCGCAGAAGAUACAGACAAAUUAAAUGUUCACAAAAAUAUACAAGAUGCAUACAAUAGUGUUCUUCAGAUACAUAAACAUUCAGACGAUAUAAUCAAAAAACAAGAAGAAUGUGAAAUGUUAGUAAAUGAAGGAAAAUAUAUAUGUUUUAAAAUUAAAUCAAUAAACGAGUUAAAAGAUACCAUAGAAAAAACUAAUAUUAAAAAAAGUACAAUUGCAAAUGAAAUUAACAAUGCUUUUUCUAAAUUAAGUGAGUUAAACAGAAUAAAGUGCAGCUAUGAAAACUGUACUGAUAUUUUAAAAGAAAAUUAUGCUGAAAAUUUAAAACAACAAAGGGAUACAUUUAAUGAAGCAAAAAGUAGCAAUGCAGAUAAAUCCAAAUUGAAUGAUUAUAUGAAGAGAGUUGAAAACGAAUUCGAAUCAUUAAAUAUAUUAGAAAAAACUAUUGAAAUAUUAAAUGCAAACGAAACGUCCCAAGAAGUCAUAGAGGACAAAAAAUCAUCUAUUCUCCAAAUUAUAACGAAACUGGAAGAUAUAGAAAAUAAAAUAAAAGACGUUAAUUCUUCCUAUGAUGAAUUACUAGGUAAAGGGAGACAAUGUGAAAUAUAUAAGUAUACUUCAAUAAUAAACAGUCUUAACAAUCAAAUAAAUGAUUAUUCUAUAAUAAUUAAUAGGAAAAAAGAAAAUAUUGAAGAAUACUUAAAGCUUAUUCAAAAUAAUUAUAGAUCCAUAUAUAAAGACGUUGAAUCAUUAAGUGAAAAUCUAGAUGGAAAAUCAAUAAAUGGGUAUGAUAAAGCAAAAAUUGAAGAAGCAAAUAAGCUUUCAUUAGAGUUAACAACAGCAGUUUAUGAAUAUGAAGAAAUAAUUCAUACUAUGAAAAAUGAAUUUAUAGUUAUAAAUGAAAAAACAAAAAUUGAUGAUUUAGAAAAUAGUGCAAAAAAACUGAAAAUAUAUUACACCAAUCUAAACAAUAAAGAAGAUAUCAUAAAGGAAUUUCAUAAUAAAAUUAAUUUAAUUAAGUUGCAAGAAAUAAAAGCGACUUCUGAAAAAUAUUUUGAUAUUGCUAAGAUUUUUACAGAUGUAUUAGAGGAUCAAAAAAAAGCAUUAAUGAAUACUCAAAAUAAACAAAAUGAUCUUAAACAUAAAGUAACGGAAAUUGAAAAAGAAUUAAUUAACCUUGACAUUUCGUUCACACUAGUAUCUAUUAAUGCAUUCGAUGAAAUAUAUAAAAAAAUUAAGUCUAAGGUAGAAGAAUUGAGUAAAUUAGAAGAAACUAACCUUAAUGAGCUCAAAAAAGUUAAAAGAUAUAAGGAAUAUGGUUUAUAUUUAUUAAAUAGAAAGGAAAACUUACUGGGUGAUAUCGAUAAAUAUGUAGAAAGAGAUAAAUUAAAAAAUGAAAAUAAUGAAAUGAAAAAUGAGAUAAGAAAUUAUAUAACAGGAACUAAUAAAAUACAGAGUAUUUUGUCGGAAACGGUGCAAAUACUAUUAGAGAAUAUUAAGAAAAAUGAAAAAUUGUGUGCAUCUAAUAAUAUAAAGGAUUUCAUUUCUCGCAUUGUAAAGAUAGCAGAUGACACAAGAGAAAAUUUCAAAAAAAGUUUUCCAGAAAAGGAAAAAUUUUAUCAAAUAGAAAGCUAUUAUAAGGAGAUUAAAGCCAUUGUUAAUGAGAUCGAUACAAAUUCCGAAAUAAACCUAUUUAUCGAAGAUACAAACAAAAAUAUCCAAGACAGAAUUGCAAGCACCCAAAAUUCUGAAGACGUCGAAAAAAUAAAAGAAGUAAUAAUUCAUAUAACGAAUAAUCACACAAAAGCAAAAGCUACGUUAUCGCAAGUUAGUAACGCCUUGAAUAGAAUUAAAACAAAAAAAAAGGAGAUGGAUACAUUAUUUGUGUCAUUAUCCAAAGAACAUAUAAAUAAUUAUAACUCUGCAAAAAAUUUCAUGAAUGAUUCGAAUAAUAUAAUUAAGAUCUUUGAAGAUCAUUUAGGCAAAAUAUCAAGUUUAAUAAAGUAUUCUGAAAAUGAAAUUAAUGAAUUAGAAAAAAAAAUGCAUAAUAUAUUAAAUGCACCUGUUAUUGAUAAUGCAUCUGACGGUCAAAAGAAAUUGCUAGGUGAUAUAGAAGAACAAAGAGAGAAAUUAUAUGAAGAAGAAGUUCCAAAAUUAUCUCGAGAACAAAAUAACUCGGAUGAGAGCGACUUGAACGAUGGUAACAAUACUACUGAGAAUAAAAAUGGAUAUCAUUCUAAACCAGGUGGGGAUACGACAAGGAUUUUAUAUGCACAAGUUAUUUUGGGGCUAUCUGUUUGUUAUGGUAUUGCAUUCAUUGCAUUUAAUCGGAAUGAUGAGGAAAAGAUAGGUGAUCAUUCUCUAGAUGAAGAAUUUGAGGGUGGUGUUGCUUUUAAUGGAGACGAUAAGGAAGAAGUCAUAGAUGUUUGUUUUGACGAGAAUUAUGAUUCUGAAUAA